GCGAUUCGACCUGCAAGCCCGACGCCCAUCAUGACGACGAUGACCCCGCUGCCGCCCUACGUCUCGUGCGAGUGCGUCGACCUCGUCUUCAAGUACGUCGAAGAGUUUGCUGGCAUGGACAUCUCGGGCGGCCCGGUGCUCAAGGGCAUCAACUGCCAGCUCGAGCUCGGCCAGCGCGUGUUGCUCAUCGGCGGCAACGGCGCCGGCAAGAGCACGCUUCUCAAGAUGCUUGGCGGCAAGCAUCUCCCGACCAGCGGCAUGUGCUAUCAGAUGGGCCGCCGCGACAGCUUUCGCGACACGAAGCUCAAUUAUGAGCGUACGAUGGUGACGACCGAGUGGGGCAACCGAUCGGUGGCCUUUGCCGCAAGCUCGACGUACUGCACCGACAUUGCGGUCGAAGACAUGAUGGUCAAGCUCCAAAAAGAGUUUCCCGAGCGCCGGGCGAUCCUCAUGCACACGCUGCGCAUCGACCCGACGUGGCGCAUGCACAAGCUCUCGAUGGGCCAGCGCUGCCGUGUCCAGCUCCUCCUCGCGCUCCUUCGCCCGUCCAAGAUUAUCAUCCUCGACGAAGUCCUCGGGUGCUUGGACAUUGUGUCGCGCGUCAACAUCCUCAACUUUCUCAAGCAAGAGAGCGAGGGCCCGCUCAAAGCCACGGUUGUCCUCGCGUCGCACGUGUUUGAUGGCAUGGAGGAGUGGGCGAGCCACCUCAUGUACCUGCGCCAGGGUCAGAUCUCGUUCUUUGGCCCGCUCAGCGCCAUGCCGCUCAUGGGUCGCAACACGCUCUCGAUCUAUCACACGGCCGAGAUGUGGCUGCGCGAAGAAGAGCAAGUGCUCAACCAGCUCGAGAAGGCGUCGGACGACACGGAUGGCAUCCUUGGCCAUGCGCAGAACCGCGCCGGUGGCUAUGCCAACGGCCGCCUCGGCGGCUACCUCUCGCUCAACGGCGAAAAAAUGGGCUAGGUAGUUUGGGUAAAAGUAGUCAGGACAUUAUUGACCAAACCAAUAUGCUUUUUAAACGAGCGAUUUCACUGGC